CUUCCCUCAGCAAGACCGUCAUGCAGGUCGCGUAUCGUUCUUCGGUCGUACGCCGCCUUGGCCCAAGCUCUCAUACAUUUCGGUCGAACUCGACAUCUGUUCCACGGAAAGGUCUAUACAAAGCUACGUCUUGGGGAGACAUCUCUCUUCCCGGGAGAGGUGAAUCAGCCAGCAAGGAGGUCGAUAAAGAAGGACCGGAUUCAGCGACGCGGUCUACUCCGAGAACGGCCAGCUCGUCCCUGCUUUCUCACCGGUUGAAGCAAUGGGCGCGGCCAUUAAAGGAAGCGCUGCCAACAACAGAUACGAAAACGGAGAGUUCUUCAGUCUCAACUCCAAAGGCGGACGUUCCUGAAUUCGAAGACCUUCCAAGUACACCGCCGACCUUGGAAAUUCCUGAAGACGCGCAGAACUUAGAUAUGGGUGCAUGGAAUAGGGCUGUUCGCAAACUACCUCGCAAGAAUGCCAAUCUCCCCGUCAUGAACUUAGACACGUUUAGCGGUGAUAGCUGGACACCAGGACAGCCAGUACCCCGCCGAAAUCAGAACACGAAAACUCAACGCACUCCAAAUUCAGGGCAGAGGCGCGAGCCACGACAACCACAACAACAUUUGCAAGGUCAGCCGUCUGGCCGCCGGCCUCAGAGGGAAAAUAACCCAGUGAGCGGCAAUAACAGGAGUCGACGUGGUACAGGAAAUGUCCCGUCGAAGUUUCGAUCAUCAACUUCUUUGAUACGGAAAGUAGAGGAAGUUGCGGAGGAACCAGAGGACGAAGCCAAAAUAUUUGCAGGGGAGGAGGGCUUAUUCUCACCAAAGCCAGGACAGAGCCAAGAAGAAUGGCUCACCGAAUUUCUCGUCACAGACCCUGAUCCUGAAGCUCCUGGAAGAGUGGACCCGGAUAUUCACGUUGCGUCCAAUGUAGACAGUAUGUUCACAACUGGUACCCCCCUCUUGACGGGCGUCACUCCAAUGCACCUCGUCAAUAUUUCUACCGCCACCCCGACGCGAAUCCUUAGACGCCAUGGCGGCGAUUACUCUCACUUCUUGCCUCCGAAGAUCCAAAGUACGGCUACGAAGGACCUCAGUGUGAUGGUUCAUGCCCAUCUAACCAUGGCCAAACGCCGGGAUACGGAGUUGACAAAGAAAGCAAAGGCGUCGUUCAUUAUCAAAAAUACCACACAACCUCGAAGAAGUGCUAGGGUUUAGAUAUCGAUUUAAUAGAGCUGUCAUGGUGACAAUAAAAUAACUAAUAAUAACACACGGUGUUCGAACUAGU